UUGAACGGUCUCGCGGUCACACUGCUGGAAGUGAACAAGGGAAACGAGAGAACGACGGAACGAAAGAACAAAACAACUGAAUAAACCAAUAAAAAGCAACGCAACUCAUUGGCCUGGAAUGGCUGGAUUUCUGAAGACACGGAAACGCAGCCGGGAGGACGACCUGCCAUGCGAGUCCACGCCCCUGUCGAAGCGCAUCAACAACCUGCACCUGAACUACGACGACGGGAACAGCAGCAGCAGUAGCAGCUGCAGCAUCCCGCCCCUUCCAGGAGGAGCUGGUGGCCCCGAGACAGGCCCCUCCGGAAGCGGAGUCGCCACCGGGUACGAGUACAACCCGGAGCUGGGCGCCGAGCAGAACCCGUACUACUACGAGAAGAACAAGAUGCUGUACGAUCUGCACAUGGAGCGGACCAAGAGGAGCAGCCAGUAGCCAGGAGUCCGGUACCCCUGGCACCAGCCGCCAUUUAAGUGCCAAUCCGAGUUCUCUGCCACAACAACAACUCUAGGUAGUCCUAGUUCUUAGCAUAGUUCUCCUCCGUUCAUCCUAGUGUUUGCACGGAUCCGGAGACGAAGAUCCUCAGCACUUGCAUUUGUGUGAUAAGCAUUAGCAUCGCCUCGGAUGCGGCAAGAAUACUACUAGAAAUCGAGCCAAGACUUCCCCAAGCACGCACAUAUAGCCUAAGUCGUAUAGUUAUUAAGCUGGAUUGUUACUCAAACAAUCGAAGACACCCAAAAUUA